AUGGAUAUUUGUAAUUCUUUCGAUCCAGAAACAUUACCUCAAUAUUUAUCAAAAUAUUAUUCAAGUAUUUUUCCAGUUAAUAUUUUUACAAAAUGGCUUACAUAUGGCAAAGAUUUUUCUGAAUUAUUUGAAAAACGUGAAUUUGUUUUUGUUCUUACUGGUGAUGUUCAUCUUCGAUACCGAUCAUUUGCUACACCAAUGGAUUUCUAUAAAGAGUUAUGUCAUAUAUCUCCGGAAAAACUUGAUAUUGGUGGUGUAUUUAACUAUCCUCCAAAAGAUCAUAAACUUCAUUCAGAUUUUAGUGUAGUUGAACGUGAAUUUGUCAUUGACAUUGAUCUAACAGACUAUGAUACUAUUAGAACAUGCUGUAAGGAGGCUAAUGUAUGUGAUAAAUGUUGGAAAUUUGCUAUUAUUGCUGUUAGAGUUCUUGAAAAUGCAUUAAAAACACAUUUUGGUUUUAAAAAUUUUAUUUUUCUUUUCUCAGGAAGACGUGGUAUUCAUUGUUGGGUUAGUGAUGAAAUUGCUAGACGAAUGAAUAAUUCUGAAAGAGCUGCUGUUAUUGGAUAUUUAAAUCUAAAUAAAGAAGAUAUUACAAUUGAAGGACCUUCAUUUACAUAUGGAAAAAUUCAUCCUCUUUUUGAAGAAACAAUUGAUAUUGUUUUAAACAUGGAAACAUUUAAUGAGAUUAUGGUAGAACAAGAUUGGUUAGAUGAUAAUACAACUUUUGCAACUGUUAAUUUUAGAGAACCUCUUACUAGUUUUAUAUUAAAAUCUUUUGAGGUACUAGAAGAUAAUAGAAAAUUAAAAUGGCAAUUUAUAAAAAAUUUAUACCAUGAUUAUCAUAACCCAGAUAGAUAUGUUUUUGAAAAAAUGUUAAAAAAAUUUAUUCUAAAAGUUAUAUACCCAAAGUUAGAUGUAAAUGUUUCUGCAUCAACUAAUCAUUUAUUAAAAUCACCAUUUUGUGUUCAUCCUAAAACUGGAAAAGUGGCUGUACCAUUAAAUUUAGAAGAAUUAGAAUCAAUAAAAUUGAAAGAUUUUCCUACUAUCGAAAAAUUAGUUGGUGAAAUACAAGAAAAUUGCCCUACAGAUGAGAAUCAUAAGAAUAAUGAGAUGUAUAAAACAACUUCUUUGGCACCGUAUGUAAAAAUUUUUGAAGACUUUGUAAAUAAAUGUACAUAA